AUGAAGGACAUCAGGUUCUUUACCCUCAAACUUUUGAUCGUGGCGAUAUGCCUUGUUCAUCAGGCCCUGGCUAUCGGAGAAAUCCAUCAGGUCGUGGAGUCACUGGAUGGAGUACCUGAAGGAUGGAAAAGAGGGGAGAGACCCUCGCCAUAUACACCUAUCAACUUCCGUCUUGCCUUAAACCAGUCAACUGUGGAAUUUCAGCAAGCGGUUAUCGACAUCUCAACCCCAGCACAUCCAAAAUAUGGACAGCACAUGACACAAAAGGAAAUGAGGGAGCUGCUGCGCCCUGAACCUGACACCAUGAACAAUGUAGUUACGUGGUUGAUUUCGGAGGAUGUGGCUCCUAAGGUGAUUAUUGUCGAGGGCAGCUGGAUUAGGUUUCAGAUUCCGCUUGCGCAGGCAGAGCGUAUGCUGAAAGCUCAGUACUUUUAUUACCACGAUGUCGCGAAUCAAAACACCCUCAUCCGAACGCUCAGCUACUCGGUACCCGAGACUGUCUAUUCUAGUAUUGCACUAAUCCAACCAACGACGCGAUUCGGACAUCUCAACCCACACAGCGCCCCUGGACCCAACGAACCAAUUAUUGCCAGCCCGGAGGACUUGACAGCUGAAUGUGGCUUCGUGGUAAGACCCGAGUGUCUUCGGGAUUUGUAUGAUGUCAAGAACACUUCGGCAAAGCCAGAUUCCCGGAACCGGCUAGGCAUAUCGGGGUUUCUUGAACAGUUCGCCCGUCAUACUGACUUCUACGAUUUCAUGAAUGGGCUCUCGCCGAAGGAGUCCGGCGCGAACUUCAGUGUCGUCCGCAUCAAUGGUGGCUUGAACGACGAAGAUUCGCCUUCAGGUAGCACCGAGGCGAGCCUAGAUAUACAAUAUGCGAUAUCGCUGGCAUACAAUACCUUAGCGACUUUCUAUACCAUCGGAGGUCGGGGACCAUUGGUGCCAGACGCAGAACAACCAAAUGCCAGCCAGUCUUCGAAUGAGCCUUACCUCGAGCAACUUCAUUAUCUUAUAAAUCUGCCCGAUGAACAGUUACCAGCAGUGCUUACCACUUCUUACGGCGAGGCAGAGCAGACUGUUGCAACUGCAUAUGCCACGGCAAUCUGUGAUUUGUAUUCGCAGCUCGGGGCACGUGGUGUGUCAGUCAUAUUCAGCAGUGGAGAUUCCGGUGUCGGAGUCGUGGACCAGAGAGAGAGGGCAAGUUUCUCAGGCGGGGGCUUCUCGGAGGUAUUCACCCGUCCUGCAUAUCAAGAUGAAGUAGUGCAGGGUUAUUUUGGUCAAUUGAGUGACCAAUGGAAUGGACUAUACAACCCUCAAGGAAGAGGCAUCCCCGAUGUCUCGGCUCAGGCAAGUGGGUACUUGAUUCGAGACCAUGGGAUGUAUAUGAGGAUUAGUGGAACAAGUGCAUUGGGGCCCGUAUUCGCGGGUAUUGUGUCUCAACUAAAUGCAGUUCGUUUGGCACAUGGCAAGCCUCGUAUGGGGUUUCUUAACCCUUGGCUCUAUACUGCCGGGGUGUCUGGGUUCACAGACAUCGUAGAUGGAGGCUCUCGGGGCUGUUAUGGCGGUACACAUGGAGUUUCUGUUCCCUUCGCAAGCUGGAAUGCCACCACUGGAUGGGAUCCUGUAACGGGACUUGGAACACCCUUGUUCUCAAAGCUGGCUGAGCUGGCUCUUUCUGAAAAUGGAACCAAAUAG